AGAUGAUAAAGAAUGUGCCCCAGCCAGUUAGCAUGAGAAAGGAAUCAUGACUCCGCGUCAGCAAGCUACAGUCGCUGGGUGGCUCAGCACCUGCAUUAGCACCUGCUCGCAGUACAACUAACAUGUAAAAACUUUGGUCGGUUGUCGGCCCUGGUUGGGUGUGACUUCAUCGUCCCUUCGGUCGUCUUGAUUAAGGGGGAUUGCGCCAACACCAUUUCACGCUCAUCACCAUGCAUCUCUUUAUGUCCGAAGUGAUCCAGGGCGACGACGAGGCCCCUAGCACAACAGCACCAGUACCAGGCCCGCAUGACCGCCCCGCCCGGAACAGCACAACUAGCACCUCGACCGCAGCUUCUGGCAAUAAUUACGCUGCUGGUGCUGGUGCAGCAACGAUGAACAGUGGUGCAGAGAAUUCAGCAUCACAGGCUCCUGCCAGCAGCUCAUCGUCCACAGCAGCGACAAAUAAUCCGGAUUCAACAUCCCUCACCCCCGAGCAGCUCCAGCAAAAUGCAGAAUUGCAGCAGAAGAAGCUUUUCCAGAUGGAGCGGCGGAUCCACAGGGAGAGAUCCCGGGUGAUCUACGCAGUAUGCAUUGCAAAGCUAUCAUACUACGUACAAAUUGCAUCACAAAUUUUCUCGAAAGAGAAAAUGAAACUUGUAAUGCUGAUUCACCUAAAAAGGGACAUUUGUCAUGCAUGAUUGCAAUUGCUGCGGGUGCGAUACUUUUGCACAGGAUACGCAGAAGAUCUGCUCUAUUUCGUCGAGGAGCAGGGCCGGAUGCAGACGCAGUAUAUCAACUGCAAAAGUGUCUGGGUCUGGAAACUUGUGAUGCAAAAAGUGGAUGAUAGCCGGACUGCAAUACGCAGCUAUGCAUCACAAAUUUUUUGGCUGCCGUGUCUUACGUAUUCCGCAUGGCAAGCUGCGUUUUUGCAUGACAGGUAAGAGGGUCUUUCCGUGCCUAUGCAACACAGAUUCUCGAAUCAUGCCAGACAAGCAUGACAAACUUGCACUCUUCCAGACCCAGACAUUUUUACAUUUGAUACAGUACUGGGCGACGCAGUGCGACAAGCGGGACGCGAGCAUCGAGUUUCUCAUGCUGAAGCUGAAAGAGAAGGAGAACAGCUGCCGGACGUUUGUUCGAAUUGCGGGAGACGCAAGGAGAAGCGCCGGAGGUGCAGCAGGAGCAGCUGGGAACAACAGCAGUACAACUACAGGCGCGUUGAGCCCGCUACACCAAGGUGGAGCAUCUUCUAGUGCCAGCACCACCGGCCGCCUUUCCGUCGAAGAGCUCUAUGAGGGCCAAGCGCCGUCAACUCCCCAGUUGAGAAGAGAAACCAUGAACAUCAACUACCUGAAAGCAGACGGAACGGUGACCACCCGAAAUCUUCCAAACGCCGAGGUGUUUUCACCUAGUAUGAAAAAUCAGGCUGGCUAUGGUUUUGCUCUCUCCCCCGGAAGAGGACAACAAGGACAGCAGCACGCAUUUUCCAUACCCUCAAUAGAUUCCUCUGAAGAUCUGUCAGGUCAGAAUCGAUAUCCAGUGCAAAAGUAUCGUACUCGUAGUAAUUGCAUUUAUGCAUUACAAAUUUAUUUCUCAAGGCAAAUCAGCAUUACAAACUCAAUUUGUAAUGCUGGGCUAAUUUGUAAUGCAAUUAUAUACUAGUACGAUGCUUUUGCAGCUCAUAAUCGAAUCCCCGGCGUCGGCGUACCACCAGAAGCUGCAGUUUUGGCCGAGGGUGUGCGUGUGAGCAGUAGAAGAAUGCUGGACCAUAGCGGGGGCUCGACAUCUUCCUCUUCCAGUCGGGCGAAACAAACGAAAAAUGCGAUUGCAGCAGUGUACAAUGGAGCGGCUUCGUCCACUAGUGCUACUGGUCAGCAAGAUCAACAGCAAAGUACUUCUGUGAUCCCGCAUGUUACCAGAAGUAGCAACUCCUCGGCAUCUUUAUGCAUUGCAAAAGUAUCGUACUCGUAGUCGUAAUCGUAUAAAUGCAUUACAAAUUUCCCCAGCAUGAGAAAUAUAAUUUGUCAUGCGGAUUUACCUCAAAGAAAAGAUUUGUAAUGCAUGACUGCAGUGCGAAUACAAUACGAUACUUUUGCACAGGAUAAUCUUCCAACUCCGACAACGACCGAUCGGCGAGUUGGCUGCCUACGGAGAUUAUCAAAUGCAAAUAUGUCUGGGUCUGGAAGGAUGCAAGGUUUGCCAUGCUUGUCUGGCAUGACUGAAGAGUUUGUGAUGCGUGUUCAAGAAGAGACCCGCUCGCUUGUCAUGCAAAAACGCAGUUUGUCAUGCGCGAAAGGCAACACUAAGCCGCGCAAAUAUUUCUCAUGCUUCGCUGUGCAUUACAGAGCAUUCACUAUUCACAACCCAGCAUUACAAAAUUCCAGACCCAGACAUAUUUGCAAUGCAUAGAGAUCACUAAUUUCGUCUCAGACGCGACAUCCGAAUUUCACUCUUUAGUGCAGGAAGCAGCUGGCUUGGUCACUGGAGAUGGCGGCCUGACAUCUGACGCGAACAAGUCGGAGGGCGGUGGAGGCUCGUUGUUGCAGCAGAUAGCGGGGUCCUACGACUCGCCCGACCUGCUGACAAAUCAACGGCCUGGAAUGUUGACAAACGCAAACAAUUUCCAAGACUUGUCCGAGGGAGAUGCGAUCAUUGGCGACGGGGUUUUCCCAACGAACACGGGAAGCUCUUCAGCUAGUGUGCCUAUGGAAAGGACACCUGAACAACUUCGAGUGUCGCCGCAAGUUGUGGCCGCGCAAGGAGAACUACGGCAACAGCACCAGUUGUCGCCAGUGGUGCCAUUGCCAGAUCCUGGAGCUACUCCUGCGAGUGCAGCUUCUUCUGCUGGAAAUUACAAGAGCGGCGUGAGUUCUCCAUCGCAGGUGGUCAACAGCCCAGGCGCAGGUAGCACCGUCGCCCCCUCUUCACAAAACGCAGGUGGUGCUGCAGCCACAACUACAGAAGAUGAAGGUGGAGACACGAGCACUACUGCAUCUACCGUAUCGCAGGAGAAAGUGUUAACGUUAACGGAAUUUGUGAUGCAGCAAUGCAUCACAAAAAAACGUGCCAAAAUUUGUAAUGUAUAGCAUGCAUGUUCGGCUACAUUUGUGAUGCAUGACUGCAAUCUAUGAAAAUCGUUAACGUUAUACACUUUUUCUUGUGAUACACCGCGACGAGAAAUCAGAAUCAACAGCUUUAUCACCGAGUGGACAACCUACUCCAGAACAACGACCCAUACCGAGAUGAAAACCCGGAUCACCAACUGGACGGAAACAAUUACUCCGACUCGACGACCAGCACCAACCUCCCCACGACGGCUGCUGGGAUGCAACGACUAUUCCAAUUCUUCGUGGACGAAGACUGCGAGAUCAUCGACAUGAACGAGUUGAAGUGCGUGCAGAUUCGGUACGACGAAAUUAUCCUGAGUCCAAACGUACCCACACCAGAGUCAGGAUGGGGAAUCUGCUAGACAAAUCAGCCAGCUUUGGUUGUUUGGCAUGACAAGUUUGUCCGCGUUGUGUAGUGCUGUUUGAGCUAGUUUAGCAGCAUUACAGAUCUAGUAUCUCGUGCUGAUUGGAGCAUGACAAAUUUCAAAACCGCGCUAGAAAAUGCUUCUCAUGGGGCUCCGCAUGAGAAACAUUUUAAGCAUGCAGAGUUGCAUGACAACUAUGGUGUGGGUACGUUUUUACUCAGGAUAGAAAUGACGAAGAAAUUAGCACAACUGCAAGAAGAGAACCGGCAGCAAAAGAUGUGCAUGGCUAGUCAGCAAGUGAAAAUAACCGGGCUGGAGGCAACCGUGCAAGCGCAGGAGAAGAUCGUGCAGAAAUUGCACGUGGAUCUAGAACAGGUGGUGAACAAUCGGAAUAGUUCGGUUGGAUCUGGCUUCUCCUCGCCUGAGAAGAAAGAAGGCGCAAGCAAUAAACCGUCGUCCGAGGACACAGCAGGAGGACCACUACAACAAGCUCCACCAGCUGUGAAUCAGUUAGCUCAGUCCGCUUCUGCAGCUGCAACAGGAACAACGACCGAGCAUAAGUCGUCCAGUUCUGCUGAGAACCUCCUUACCAAGCAGGACAGCAUGACAAACACCACAAGAAAGUUCCACCAGGCAUAUGGCGAUUUGCGCCACAAUAUCGAAUGCAAAAGUGUCUGGGUCUGGACAAAGGGAAGUUUGUCAUGCUUGUCUGAGAUAAAGAUCAAUCUCAAGUCUGUCAUGCACAUUGCCCAAAAGCCCUACUUUUCUGUCAUGCAGAAGCUCCCUUUGUCAUGCAGAAAAGCCAAGACUGUAGCACCUCCAAAACUUGUCAUGCUUGCCAGGCAAUUGAGGCGUCCUCGUCCUUCUCCACCAGCAUCACAAGUUUCCAGGCGCAGACAUUUUUGCAUUUCAUACACAAGCUCGACGACUACCUCUACAUCGAGGAAUUAGAACGCGAAGUUACCACUUGCCGUGCCCAGCUCCACGAGCACGAGAUGCGGGUCUUACGGGAGGCGAAAAGUGGCAGCGGGGGGGCCGCGGGGUUGUCAUCCGGUCAACCAGGAGAGGAUCAGAACCAGUGCAUUUGGAAAGAACAACUCGGGAUCCGGACCACGCAGUUGGAGCGGUUGAGUCGGCAGCUGGACCAGACGCACAACGCGUUGUUGUCGCAGAUUGACGAGAAUAAGUUGCUGGUGAAAGAGAAGAACGAAUUGGCCAGAAGGCUGACGGCGUGGCGUUGAAAUAGUAAUCGAAGAGGCCGCGACCACAGAGUACUUUACACAAAGUGGAUGAAAAUCGGGUGAUUGGCAGACAGCGGGUGAUAGAAACUGUCUGUUCUUGCGUUUGUCAGUAGGUGGAACGUCGUCAUUGAGCUUCAUUUUUCAUUUGAU